GCUUGGGUCUGAGUCUGACUCAUUCACAACUCACACGUCAAUAUAAAGGAAUUUCUUUAUUUUCAGUCAAACCUGUUUUCGCUACUACCGUCCGUGUCUCAACUCAGCAACUCACCCCCUUUCUUAGGGCUUCUAUCUCUUUCUAUUUGUUUCUUCUUCUUCUUCUUCUUCUUUUGUUUGAUUUUUCAUUUGUUAUAUUUUUACAUUUCUCCGUCAUCUCUUUCCGUUCAAGUUUUGUUCUUGGAAUUUCCCGGCCUGGAAAUCCUGCAGUUUCAAAACACCUCGAAAUCGAACGAAGGGAUCGACUAGACGGCAUCAAUUUGCGUCGGGCUUUGUUCGAGCUUCAAAAUUUGCUCUAAAACCCCCACCGAAGAUUCAAACUUUACUUCAUUUGGUGAGAAAGAGUGAUGCACUGAGCAAUGGCACUUAAGAUGCCAGCUCCGAAGGCGGCUGAGAUUGCCAUAGGGUCCAUCGGAUGCGGUUAUGAUAUUGGAACGGAUCUUCGGCUGAAGUACUGUAAAGGGAAUAAUUCGAAAGAUUCACGUCUUAUCGAGAUUGAUGAAGAUGGAGGCCAUGAGAUUGUUUUUCCUGGUGGAAUUUCAAUACCCAAUGUGUCCAAAUCAAUAAAAUGUGAUAAAGGAGAGCGCACACGAUUUAGGUCUGAUGUUCUCUCUUUUCAACAGAUGUCAGAGCAAUUCAACCAAGAAAUAUCUUUGACUGGAAAAAUACCUUCGGGCCUCUUCAAUUCCAUGUUUGACUUCUCUGGUUAUUGGCAAAAAGAUGCUGCUAAUACCAAGACGCUUGCUUAUGAUGGGAUGUUCAUCACCCUUUACACAGUCGUACUGGAGAAAUCUCAAAUGGUGCUACGAGAUCAUGUCAGGAAAGCAGUCCCAUCUACAUGGGAACCUGAAGCAUUGGCAAGGUUUAUUGAAACUUAUGGCACCCAUAUAAUUGUUGGUGUGAAGUUGGGAGGGAAGGAUGUCAUUUACAUCAAACAGCAGCAUUCCUCUACUCUUCAACCAGCUGAUAUCCAGAAAAGAUUGAAGGAUGUGGCUAAUAAGAGGUUUUUAGAUGCCAGUGAACAUUCUAGCAUGGUGUCUGAGCAAGUCUUUCCGAGUGACAAGUUUGAAAUCAGGGAACAGCAGCUAAGGUUUGCUAGUAACAGUCCAAGUUCAUAUGCACAUAAAGAGGAUAUUAUAACCAUUUACAAAAGGAGAGGUGGAAGUGGUAAUAGAAGCCUUUCUCAUAAUGACUGGUUACAUACGGUUCAGUUAGAGCCUGAUGUAAUCUCAAUGUCCUUUAUCCCUAUUACUUCUCUGUUGAAUGGAGUUCCAGGCUGCGGAUUUUUGAACCAUGCCAUAAAUCUAUAUUUGCGAUAUAAACCACCAAUUGGAGAGCUCCAUCAGUUUUUGGAAUUUCAGCUUCCGAGACAAUGGGCACCAGUUUUCGGUGAACUUCCUCUUGGUCCACGACGAAAACAACAAAGCACUGCAUCUUUGCAGUUCAGCUUCAUGGGGCCCAAGCUUUUUGUGAACACUACUCCGGUUGAUGUGGGUAAGAGGCCUGUGACCGGUCUCAGACUGUAUCUAGAAGGUAAAAGGAGCAACCACUUGGCCAUCCACUUGCAGCACCUUUCCUCCCUCCCAAAAAUCUUCCAACUUGUAGAUGAUUCGAAAGGGAACUUCAGCCAAGAGUCUCAUGAUCGUAAAUACUAUGAGAAAGUUUAUUGGAAGAACUAUUCUCAUGUAUGCACCGCUCCCAUCGAGUCUGACGAGGACCUUUCAAUUGUAACUGGAGCCCAAUUGCAAGUUGAGAAUCAUGGUUUUAAAAAUAUCCUCUUCUUACGACUACGUUUCGCAAACGUCUCGGGAGCUAUUUCUGUCAAGCAGCCAGAAUGGGAAGGAUCACCCGGAUUGGUAGCCAAGUCUGGACUCAUAUCCACACUAAUCAGUCAUCACUUUACACAAGUUCAGAAGCCACCUCCAAGACCAGCUGACGUGAAUAUAAACUCCGCUGUUUACCCCGGAGGUCCUCCGGUGCCCGUUCAAGCUCCCAAGCUUUUGAAAUAUGUUGAUACAACAGAGAUUACACGAGGGCCACAAGAAAUUCCUGGAUAUUGGGUUGUUUCUGGGGCAAGAUUGGUUGUCAAGAAAGGAAAGAUCUCUCUCCUGGUAAAGUAUUCUUUAUUGACUGCAAUAUUACCUGAUGAAGAUGGCUUCAAUGAGCAAUAGACGAUUUUCCCUUCCACUUAUCACUUUCUAUUCUUUGCCCACCAUGGAAGCAAAUAGUAAUAGGAAAAAGUUGCUGAAUAUCAGAGAAUC